AUGGAUAAGUGCUCUGAGUUUGUCAGCUGUGCUUCGGUCAGUGCUGAUCAGGAAGAUACUGGUGUCAUGAUGUGCCAAACACGGUUUUCUAGCGAUGGUUUCAAGACGCCAGCGGAACUACCAUCCUUUAAAAUAUUGGACCUGAUAGCCAGUGAGGGAAGCGACGUUAUUACUGGAAGGAAUUUGGACAUGAGCUGUUUGAUCUGCUUUGCAGGUGCAGACCGCUUGAAGUCUUGGCUCGAGCUUGUAAUUUUUCUCUCUGGUGGGUGGUUUGUCAUGGAGGGUAUCGACCGAAGUUGGGCGUACAAUGGCCAAUGGACGUUCUACUACGCAUAUGAAAAGUGGAAGCUAGUGUUUGAAACACAACAUCGCGGGUUUGCCCAGCGGUUCUGCGAAUUGCCGCUCGAUUCGGCUUCCCAGGACCUAGAACUUGAUCUUUUUGGCCUUGGUCUAACGAUGUAUAAGAAUCUUCGCCGAGCUACCGAGCGUAUCCAUGCGUUGGAGCUCAAAUGCUUUCAUUUGGAAAAGGAAAAGCUUCAGAUGCAGCAGGAGGAACGAGAAAAUGAUCUACUGAUACGGAGGAGGGACGACAAGACCAGAGCGGUGGUCGUUGCAUUGCUAAACGAGAAAAAGGAUAUGAUACGGAAACUGGAGGAGAAUUUGGAACAAAACCGAGGACCUCUGGAUUUGCCGGACGAGGCUCUAAUGAACCGCUUUGUCAGCCAGCCGGUUUCCCGCAUGACGUCGCCACGCAAAAGGGCCCCGGCGAGAGUUUCAUCCACGCCGUCACCCUCAAAGAAAAGGCCCAAACCCUUAGUGAAGCACGAAAAUUCGUGGGACGAUUUCGCCGACAAAGGCUUUGAAAUUCGUGGCAUCAAUCGCGAAAGGACCCCGGCAAGGGACCCAUCGGGCCCACUUGGAGCGGCACACCUUCGCAGAAACUCCUCUCUAGAGAAGAGCUCUGAUGGCGUCCAAACUGGUUCCCCGACGGGCACAGGCAGUGUCUUAGAGCAUACAACUACCGGCUCCGGUCUCGCGGGUGGGGCCGACGAAAAUCUCGACGUGCGUAGUUGUUCAAGCACAAGCACUGAAGAAGGUCGAGAAUUCAGUAAUGACACUCAAAGCGACGCGGAGAGCGACGUUGACACUGAAGCGGAGACCGACCCCGAACUGUAA